AUGAAUAGUCUCAGACUGCUCUUCCUUGAAAUUGCUCAUUGGAAUGUCUUGCCACAAUUGAUGGGGUUUAAAAGGUGGCCUGGGCCUUCGAGCCAGAAUGUAAGGGUCCGCGGCUGGCUCCUACAGGAACUCAAUCGCCCUUCUUUCAAAGGCAACAACCCUCUCUUGGAGCUGCCUGGUAUUUCUGGGGAGAAAUACUGGAGAGUAGUGAGCCGGUGUCUUGAAGCGCACGGAGCAAAAGGAAUGUAUGUUGAGGAGGACUCUGAUCAGUCGCACACCUCUGAGGUCGGACCCAAGCUUCAUCUUGCAUUCACGGAACAUGUGUUGGACAAGCUUAAAACGAUCUUGAUCUAA